CCAGAGAACCCCGGGGACAGCCAGAGGGGACACGGGGGCAAAGAGACGCCUCCUGGGGCAGAAACCCUGGAGGCAGAUACUCGCGGGAGAGGGUUCACCGCUCCAGACGGAGAGCGCCGCCCAGAGCGGGGCGCGAACAGGCUGUCAGAGGACAACGCCCCCCAGGUCGCCUGGAAGACCCCGCAGCGACCCCGGGGGUGGCGUGGGCCGUGUGCGGGCCAGGGCAACCUCUCUUGGACUGGGGGCGAUGGAGACACGGGCCCCGCAGGGCCUCCUGCUUCUCCUGCUCUUCCUCCCGCCGCUGCCGCCCCGCGGGGCCUCCGCGGGGAGCCUGCACAGCCCAGGCCUGUCCGAGUGCUUCCAGGUGAAUGGCGCCGACUACCGCGGCCACCAGAACCGCACGGGUCCGCGCGGGGCCGGCCGCCCGUGCCUCUUCUGGGACCAGACGCAGCAGCACAGCUACAGCAGCGCCAGCGACCCCCAGGGCCGGUGGGGGCUGGGCCCGCACAACUUCUGCCGGAACCCCGACGGUGAUGUGCAGCCGUGGUGCUACGUAGCCGAGACAGAGGAGGGCAUCUAUUGGCGCUACUGCGACAUCCCCACGUGUCACAUGCCCGGGUACCUGGGCUGCUUCGUGGAUUCGGGGGCACCCCCGGCCCUCAGCGGCCCCAGCGGGACCUCAACGAAGCUCACGGUCCAGGUGUGCCUUCGCUUCUGCCGCAUGAAGGGCUACCAGCUGGCGGGCGUGGAGGCUGGCUACGCCUGCUUCUGUGGCUCUGAGAGCGACCUGGACCGGGGACGCCCGGCCCCAGCUACCGACUGCGACCAGAUUUGCUUCGGCCACCCGGGCCAGCUGUGCGGCGGCGAUGGGCGUCUGGGCAUCUACGAAGUGUCCGUGGGCUCCUGCCAGGGGAACUGGACGGCUCCGCAGGGCGUCAUCUACUCCCCGGACUUCCCGGACGAGUACGGGCCGGACCGGAACUGCAGCUGGGCGCUGAGCCCGCCGUGCGCCGCGCUGGAGCUCACCUUCCGCCUCUUCGAGCUGGCCGACCCGCGCGACCGGCUGGAGCUGCGGGACGCCGCCUCGGGCAGCCUGCUCCGCGCCUUCGACGGCGCCCGCCCGCCGCCGCCCGGGCCCCUGCGCCUGCGCGCCGCCGCGCUGCUGCUCUCCUUCCGCAGCGACGCGCGCGGCCACGCGCAGGGCUUCGCGCUCACCUACCGCGGGCUGCAGGACGCUGCCGACGACCGCGCGCCCCAGGGCUCGGCCCAGACCCCCGCAGCGUCCCCUGACUGGGCCAACGUGAGCUGCAGCCCCCGGCCUGGGGCUCCGGAGGCCGCGACGGGGGCCCGGGUCUUCUCGACAGUGACGGCCGUCUCAGUGCUGCUGCUGCUGCUGCUGUCGCUGCUGCGCCUGCUGCGCCGACGGAGCUGUCUGCUGGCUCCGGGAAAAGGGCCCCCGGCGUUGGGGACUUCCCGGGGCCCCGGGAGAAGCUGGGCUGUGUGGUACCGCCGGCCUCGAGGGGUGGCCCUGCCCUGUCCCCCUGGGGACCCUCAGGCUGAGGUUCUAGCCGCGAGUUACCGGCCCCUGAGCGCCUCCAGCCAGAGUUCCCUGCGUUCUCUCAUCUCUGCUCUCUGACUCGGGAUCCCUAGGGUCCACUGGACCCUCUGCCAGUGGAAUGGACAUCUCAGACUCCAUGCCGCACUCUACGUUGACCUUCCGCCCCUGUAAGGACAGCUCGGUCUCUGAUCAUCUCCUGGAGGCCAGACAUUGGACAAGAAGCCUCUGGUGCUAUUACUGAGAACUUGGUCUGACCCUCGAAGGUCCAGAUGGUUGAGGCCAAAGGGCAAGAGGAAUCUGGCUCCCCUCCCUCAUAAACCUUAAUACCGGGGUCUCUGACUUCAGGUUGCUUUUAGAACUUCUUGGGGUGGUUCUGGACUGCUGCCCUAAGUGAAAUGUGAGAGGUCAAGAAAAGUAGUCAAAAGGCCAGCCAUAGAUUCUGAAUAAAGGACCUAUUUUGGUACAGG